AUGGCUUACGUGCCGGCGCAAUCUGCCUACCCCCCCCAAGCAGUAUAUCAUUCACAAACUUCCACCCAGUUGCUUCAUCAUGCUCAGUCUCAGUAUUUUCGACAGACUCCUUAUGGUCAGCCUGCUGUCCCCCCAACUGUUCCUCAGCAGCCCGUACCUCACUUACCACCUCCGGUUUCAGUCCCUCCAGUCCGUAAAGGUAUAACUAUUAAAGAUGCAUGCAGUAAAGAGGUCCUGGACAUUGUGUCCAUUAGUGCGCGUCACAAAGCUUCAGCCAACGAGACAAGAAGUGGGGGUCUUAUAAUUUCUGAACCCAAAAAGUCCUCAGGUCCAAUCCAAAUUAAGACUCCCCCGCCAAAAAAUUCGGCAGCCCCAGCCACCACAGUGUCAAGUAAGUCCUCGGAUCCGAGGUCCCCGUCCCCGAACGCAUAUCAUGCUAAUGAAGUCGAAAGGACGGUGUUUUUUGGGAAGGACUCGAGUCCCGACCAGGAGGUCAGUAAAGCCGUUAUUCCCGAACCAGAACUUUCUCAUGGGAGCACUGCAUCGAGACAGGAGCUACCACCUCACGAAAGUAAUGGUUCUGAGCACGAGCAUUCGUCCCAAGAUUGUGGUGGAUUUAAACCUAAAGAGUCACCCAAGGAAAGUGUGGUUCCUGAACCGGAGGUCUCUUCCAGGGAUGGCGAUUCCAUUAAACCUGAACUUUUACCUCAAGACGUUUUUACCGCCGAACCCGACAGAAUUUCUCAAGUGGGUACUGCUUCCAAGGAUGAAGUUUCUCAGGAGAGCGAUGCUUCAAAGCCCGAGGCUUUAUCCCAGGAAGGAGAUUCAUCAUCGGAAGACGAAGAGCAGUCACCAGAUGAGUCGUCACCUCCUGCCGUUGAGAAGUCCGACGCAUCCGAAUCAAAUGCAGCAGGAACUAUUCGGAAGUACAGUCGAGAUCAGCUUAUCGCGAUCAAGAUUGCUGCCAACUCGUCAGCCUCCUCUGCUAAUGUACCUCAGUCAUUAGUAUCAGUCGGAAAUAGUAAUUUACUUCGCUCUAAACCCCGUCUAAUGCAUAAAGCGCACAACAGGCGCGUAAUUAACUUCGAUACUUCUGAAGUGGCGCUCGAUGAUGUAGAAAAUGCAUUCAAACCUUCCCACUUAAAGGCGGAAGAUGGUUCCGUCGAUCGGGUGUCUCAGUUAUCAAAAGAACUCAACAUUAUUCUGAACCGACUGCUUGAUGAUAAUAUUUCAGAGGUUGCUAUGGAGGUAAAGCAGCUUUCUAUGAAGGGUGAAGCUGAAAUUGGUUGUUUGGUUAAGGCUAUAACUACAAAGGUACACAUUGACAACGUCAAUGCCCAAAUUGAUGAAAAAAUAAAAGGCACAAAUGAUGAAAAAGUUAAAAAAAUGCUCGAGGAAGAUCGAGAAACUGCUGUCUCAAAAAAACGCGACGCGUUUUUUGGUAUAAUGCAGUUCUUCAGUUACUUGUACGUAAACAAGGUCAUAUCUCCUAAAUCGGUAUCCGAUUCUCUAAAAUCCCUUGUAAAGCCAAAAUCGCAGGAUGAUGUAUUGGCCCUCGUCACCUGCCUGACCAUAUGCGGGGAACAGAUGGAUCGAAAUGCCAUGCCCAUCCUUAGUGAAUGCAUUGCUGGCCUUGAGGCGGCCAAAAAUGAUUUAAAAAUGGAACAAUAUGUUCGUUACAAGAUCACCACCCUUAUUGAACUAAAAGAACGAAAUUGGAAAAAACUGGAGGUCGCGCGGCCACCUUCAGCACCAAGUCAAGGACUGUCUCGCUCUGGGUUAGGCAAAGACGAUAUGGGUCGUCGUGUUUCAACUCUCAGCAGCAUGAGAAAAAUUGGAGAUUCACAAGCUCUUAUCGACACGAAGUCGCUUGCCGUGUCCAACUUACCCAACCGUUCCAAUUACUUGGGCCCUCAAUAUGAUUGGAGACAAGGCAGUAAAGCUCAACCAAAACUACAAAAAUCCGGAGCAACAAGUGAGUCUGAGAAUGGUAAAGACUCGAGAGCCUCCAGCACUUCCGCGAAUAAACGUGGAGCUAAUCAAUCGUCUCAACUGAAAAUAGACGAGAACUUGACUGCAAAGGAGGCCAUAAGGGAUGCCAUAGAUGCCUUCACAAACUCAGAUACUCCUGAGUUUGAUUUGCUCUUGCGAGAAUCUGAAAAAAAGGCAUUUGUGAGGGACAUAUUGUGCAAAGCUCUUGAUGGAAAAAAUGAUGUCCGGAGGCUUAUCGUGAGAAUACUUGCCCACUUGUACAACAAGCAUCAGAUCAGCGAUCCCCAGAUGGAGUUUGGUUUCACAGAAUUGGUGUCCUUUAGCGAUGAGGUCGAUUGUCCCAAGCUUGGUGAGUACUAUGGCGAGCUAGUUAGUCCAGUCAUAACGGCUUCGACGCUCAAUCUGGACAAAGUAAUUAGUCUUAUCGGCAAGCUUCCCGAGGAUUCCGACAAGCUUGAUGGUUUGGCUCAAUGCCUGAAACUCGCAUCGGAGCGUGUGGGUGAACCUGCCAUCGUGGCUCUUUUUAACAAAGGUGUAGCGUCUGGGAUUACGUGGGGCGUAGAGAAAGCAUUUAAAGACUCAGAUUUCCUGAGGCGCUUUCAUCUUGAAUUCCUUGCUGCGGGUCGACCUUCUUUGAAUGCGGCUAAGCAAUGGCGGGGAUCUCCGCAGGCGUCUUCAACAAAUGAUCGGUCCGUCUCUGGUCGCAUAGACGAGUGCUUGCGGAAAAUGAAAUUGGAUGAGUUAACUUCGGUUUGCUCCGAAAACUCCAAAUCCAAGGAUGCUGAAAAGUAUCUCAAACAAAUUUUUGAAUUUGGCAAAAGUUCAAGUAAGAAAGACCUUGGUUGUUUGGCGUCGGUUGUUAAACUAUUCAGUGCCUCGUCUCCCGAUGGUGAAAAGGGGCUAAUACUUGCUCUUCAGAAUUCUGUUGACAAAAACGAAGACUAUUUCGUAGCCUGGCUUGAAGCAUUGGUACAACGAAAAGUCCUGUUUCCCCGAUCAGUUAAUGCGUAUUGUCAAGACAAACGCGCGGCGUCCCCUUUUAAAGAGGCUGCUCAACGUGUAGCCCGCAGUUACAAGUACUGA